UUUAAUGAACAACAACAAUAUUAGUUUACUAAACCCUGAAGAAUAUCUUAAAGAUAUCGAAAACAGAAUCAAAGAACUCAGAAAUAUUGAUUUAGGACCCAAAAGGUACAAACAACUAGAACAACAAGAAGAAUCAAUAUUCCAACAAAGCAAGGUCAUAAUUGAUCAAAACAAACCUGCAAGAGCAGAACUAGUACAAGCAUAUAUUAUUAAUUGUAUAAAAAGAGAAGAACCUAAAGAAUAUAUCAACAACAUU